UUAUCUGUGGAAUUUAAAGUUUAAACAUGUCUGCUGGAGACGAAGAUCUACCGCAUUAUUUGCGUAAACGAAUAGAAAAAAAUCGACUAAAAGCAGUUGCUCUGAAAAACACCAAGCUAGUAUGCCAUCCGUACUUUAAAGGAGAUGUGUCCAGUGUCAAUAAAACAACAAUAACCGUGGGAAAUACGAAAUUCAAAGAUACAGGGGGAGGAUUUUUGUUGGAAGAACAUGAAAAUGAACCUGAAGAAUCGGAGUAUCCUUUGGUACAAGCAGAAGCGCCAAUAAUUGAACCGGAUCGUCCAGAAUGUGUAGAAUGCGCAAAACCAUUUGCUACAUCAUGGCUUUUUGAACAAUUUGAUUGUAGAUGCUGCGAUGAAUGCAAAGAACAGGAAAAGUACAAGUUUAUAACAAAAACAGAAGCAAAAACAAAGUAUCUCUUGCAAGACUGUGAUUUUGAUAAAAGAGAGCCUCCAUUAAAGUGCAUCAAACGUAAAAAUCCACACAAUGUUCGUUGGGGAGAGAUGAAACUCUAUCUUGAAAUUCAAGUGGAAGCAAGGGCUAUCGAAAUUUGGGGAACCGAAGAGAAAAUCGAAGAAGAAAAGGAACGAAGGGAAGAAAAGAAGGUCCAAGCAAAAAUGAAGAAGCAUAAUAAACAGUUGAAGGAAUUACGGAUGAAUAUGAGAAGUAGUUUGUAUGAUAAAUCCUCUGGAAGAUCUCACUCUCAUGAAUUUGGACCCGAGAGCUACAAUGAGCAGGAAGAUACUUACACCAGAUGCUGUACCACUUGUCCCUAUGAGGAAACCUUUGAAAAAAUUUGAAUU